GAUUGUUGUACGUGAGAGUGGAUUUUCCAUUAUAUUUAUUUAAAUGUAUUAAAAAUAAUACUGGAUACAGAACUGUUUUACAGCAAUCUACAUCAGUCGUAUGCAGUAAAGUGACAAAUCUACGUACCUUUUAAGGGAACAACUGUACUAAAGAAUUCAAUAAGUGUCAGUGACGCGGUUUAGCUCCGCCAUAAAUGUGUACUAUCAUUACGUUUUUUGUUUAUGAUGUUGAAUAAAUAAGCUUCAAAAUGGCAAGUCCUUCACCACAAAGCAGUCCCAUGCCUCCCCCGCAGGCCCCUAGUCCUAUGGGGCCGCCAACUCAAAGUCCGGCUCCACCGCAAUCGCCGCACAGUCCGUAUAAUCAACAACAUGUAAAUGGACCACCUCCACCCGGGUCCGCACAAUCACCGAUGUCGAAUCAUAUGCCUCCUUCUGGCCCGCCUCAUCCUGCUAAUAAUGGUGGACCUCCCGGGCCCGCAUCGCACCCUGGAAUGCCUCCGUCUGGCCAUCAAAUGCCACCUCAUAUGGUGGCGCCGCAUAUAACUGGCCCUCCGAAUCAUCCAAUGGGGGCUGCUGGGUCUCACCCCCCAGGACCUAACGGGCACACAAAUCCGCAGCACCCAGGCCAAGGACCUCAUGGAUAUAUGCAGCACCAAAUUGGACAUAUGCCUCCAAGCCAGGGGCCUAUGGGAAUGGCAGGAGGUCCGCCGCCCCCCGGAAAUGGUCCGCAGGGGCCUCCAGGGCCGCCUUUACCUCUAGGUGGUCCACCGCCGCACGGCCACCCCCAGGGAAUGCCCCCCAUGCCGCCUCAUCACGGGAUGAUGACCUCGCAGGGCUACUCUCACGGGCCCCCGUCAUCAGGUGCUCCGACUCCACCCGGUGCGCCGUCCGCCCAACCCCCCGGGACGCCCCAACAACCGCCCACUGCACAAACUCCGCCCCACGGCUCCGGCCCUCCUCCCACUUCGUCCGCAAACGGCGCCUCGUCCUCGCCAAUGCAGGGCUCCCUCGCCGCCUCGGGACCCGACAACCUUAACGCCCUGCAACGAGCUAUUGAUUCAAUGGAAGAAAAAGGACUGCAGGAGGAUCCGCGCUACUCUCAACUCCUGGCGAUUCGCGCCCGUACCAACACACAGGAUCCGAGCAAAGGAUUAUUUUCGAACGCCCAAAUCAGCCAACUCAGGGCUCAAAUAGCAGCUUACAAGAACCUGGCGCGCAAUCAGCCCAUAGCGCAAACUAUCGCGCUGAUAGCGACGGGCAAGCGCACGGGGGAGGUUCCACCGGAGUGCCCGACGCCGCCCGCGCAGCCGCCGUCGCCGUUCGGGCAGGCGGGCGCGGGGGCCGCGGGAGGCGGAGGCGCGGCGGGCGGCGACGCGGCGCGCGGCGGUGGCGGCGCCCCGCCCACCCCGCUGCCCAUGACCGGCCAGAUGGCUCCGCCCACUCAGCCCACGCCGCCGCUCGUCAACCCGCCGCUAGGUGGCGCCCCGCCUGUCCGCGGGCUGGCUCCGAGAGGCCCCGCCCCCGCUCCUACCGGGACUCCUGCUCAAGCACAGCCUGGCGUGCCUACUCCUGGGGCCAAACAGAAUCGUAUCACGUGUAUCCCGAAACCUGUUGGAAUUGAUCCUAUACAAAUUUUAAAUGAACGGGAAAAUAGGAUCGCUGCCCGCAUCGCCCACCGUAUCGAGGUGCUGUCGAACCUGCCGGCCAACAUGUCCGACGACCUGCGACUGCAAGCCCAGAUAGAACUCCGCGCCCUCAGAGUGCUCAACUUUCAGAAACAGCUGCGUGCCGAGAUUCUUGGCCAAGUUCGCCGUGACACGACUCUGGAGACGGCCGUCAAUAUAAAGGCGUACAAGCGCACCAAACGUCAAGGACUGCGCGAGGCGCGAGCCACUGAAAAACUCGAGAAACAACAGAAGCUCGAAGCGGAGAGGAAACGACGACAGAAGCACCAGGAAUUCCUACAGACUGUCUUGCAGCAUGCUAAGGACUUUAAGGAGUACCAUCGUAACAAUGUAGCGAAGAUGGGUCGCAUGAACAAAGCUAUAAUGAAUUACCACGCGAACGCCGAGCGGGAACAGAAGAAGGAACAAGAGCGCAUAGAGAAGGAGCGUAUGCGACGUUUGAUGGCAGAGGACGAGGAAGGAUACAGGAAGUUGAUCGAUCAGAAGAAAGAUAAGCGUCUCGCGUUCCUGCUGUCGCAGACCGACGAGUACAUCGCCAGCCUCACAGAGAUGGUCAAACAGCACAAGCAGGAGCAGCGCAAGAAACAACAGGAGGAAGAGAGACGGAAGAGGAAAUCGCGAAAGAAGAAGGUUCUCGAAGGUGGGGAAAUCGACGCCCUGGACGAUAGCUCUCAAACGUCCGACUCCCGCGUCAGCGUCAUGGAUCCCAAGACUGGCGAGAUUCUCAAAGGCGAGGAGGCGCCGCUGUUGUCUCAACUGAAAGACUGGAUGGACACCCACCCAGGCUGGGAGGUGCUCUCUGACUCCGAUGACUCGGACGAUGAUGAUGAUGAAAAGAGAGAAAGAAGGGAGAGGAAUAGAGAAGAGAAGGACAGGGAAAAAACUGAGGAGGAAAAAGCGCGGGAAAUGAUCAAGAAAGCUAAGGUUGAAGAUGACGAGUACAAAACUGAGGAACAAACUUAUUACAGUAUUGCACACACAGUGCACGAAUCUGUCACGGAGCAGGCCAGUAUUUUGGUGAAUGGAAAACUUAAAGAAUAUCAAAUCAAGGGCUUGGAAUGGCUUGUUUCAUUGUUCAACAACAACCUCAACGGUAUAUUGGCUGACGAGAUGGGUCUCGGCAAGACCAUCCAGACCAUUGCCCUCGUCACUUAUCUCAUGGAAAAGAAGAAAGUCAAUGGACCUUUCCUCAUUAUAGUUCCUCUUAGCACCCUGUCGAACUGGGUGCUGGAGUUCGAGAAGUGGGCGCCGACGGUGUGCGUGGUGUCCUACAAGGGUUCGCCGCAGUCCCGCCGCCUCGUGCAGACACAGAUGCGCUCAACCAAGUUCAACGUGCUGCUCACUACGUAUGAAUACGUCAUCAAGGACAAGGGUGUGCUCGCUAAGGUGCAAUGGAAAUACAUGAUAAUAGACGAGGGUCACCGCAUGAAGAAUCACCACUGCAAGCUAACGCAGGUGCUGAACACGCACUACGUGGCGCCGCACCGCCUGCUGCUGACCGGCACGCCGCUCCAGAACAAGCUACCGGAGCUGUGGGCCCUCCUCAACUUCCUGCUGCCCUCCAUAUUCAAGUCGUGUUCGACCUUCGAGCAGUGGUUCAACGCGCCGUUCGCGACGACGGGCGAGAAGGUGGAAUUGAACGAGGAAGAGACGAUACUUAUUAUCCGUCGUCUGCACAAAGUGCUGCGGCCGUUCCUGCUGCGGCGACUGAAGAAGGAGGUGGAGAGCCAGCUACCCGACAAGGUGGAGUACAUCAUCAAGUGCGAGAUGAGCGGCCUACAGCGGGUUCUGUACAAACACAUGCAGUCGAAGGGCGUCCUGCUGACGGACGGGUCGGAGAAGGGCAACAAGGGCAAGGGCGGCGCGAAGGCCCUCAUGAACACGAUCGUGCAGCUGCGCAAGCUGUGCAACCAUCCCUUCAUGUUCCAACAUAUUGAGGAGAAGUUCUGUGACCACGUGGGCACCGGCGGCGGAGUUGUCUCCGGACCCGACCUAUACAGAGUGUCCGGUAAAUUCGAACUGCUGGACAGGAUCCUGCCCAAACUGAAGAAGACGGGGCACAGGGUGCUUGUGUUCUGUCAGAUGACACAGUGCAUGACCAUCAUCGAAGACUAUCUGUCAUGGCGAGGGUUCCAGUAUUUGAGAUUGGACGGCAUGACGAAGGCUGAAGACCGCGGCGAAUUACUCAAGAAGUUCAACGACGUGAACAGCGAGUACUUCCUGUUCCUGCUCUCGACGCGCGCCGGCGGGCUCGGCCUCAACCUGCAGAGCGCCGACACCGUCAUCAUAUUCGACUCCGACUGGAACCCCCAUCAGGACUUGCAAGCUCAAGAUCGCGCUCAUCGUAUUGGACAACGGAAUGAAGUGCGUGUGCUCAGACUGAUGACAGUCAACUCGGUUGAAGAGAGGAUCUUAGCUGCUGCCAGAUACAAACUGAACAUGGACGAGAAGGUUAUUCAAGCUGGUAUGUUCGAUCAAAAAUCAACUGGCUCAGAGAGACAGCAGUUCUUGCAGAGUAUUCUACACCAGGACGGAGAUGAUGAAGAGGAGGAGAACGAGGUCCCAGAUGAUGACCUGAUCAACGAGAUGAUCGCGCGCUCCGAGGAGGAGCUGGAGAUAUUCCGGCAGGUGGACAUCGAGCGGAAGAAAGUGGAGACCACUUCGCGGCUCAUCGACGAGUCCGAGCUGCCCGACUGGCUCGUCAAGAACGAUGAUGAGGUUGUGUGCAAUAAGGGUCAAGGAUGGAACUACUUGGACGAGGACGAGUCCCUGGGUCGCGGCUCGCGGCAGCGCAAGGAGGUGGACUACACCGACUCCAUCACGGAGAAGGAGUGGCUCAAGGCCAUCGACGACGAGUUCGAAGAGGAGGAGGAGGAGGACGAUGAUGAUGAGGUCCUGGACAAGAAACGGAAGCGCGGGAGGAAAAAGAAGCGUAAUGAUGACUCUGAUGAAGAGGAAGCCCCAAGCUCGUCUAAGAAGAAGAGCAAAACAGAACUCAAUCAACUCAAAAAGCGAUUGAAAAGUCUAAUGAAGAAAGUAAUCGAUUAUUCUGACGAUGCUGGCCGGGUUCUGUCUGAGCCAUUUAUGAAGCUGCCGUCGAAGCGCGAGCUUCCAGAUUAUUACGAUGUUAUAAAGAAACCAUUGGAUAUCAAGAAAAUCAUGACCCGAAUUGAAGAUUCAAAGUACACCGACAUUUCGGAUCUGGAACGAGAUUUCUUCACCCUGUGCGCUAACGCUCAGACGUACAACGAGGAAACGUCACUAAUAUACGCCGACUCAGUGAGACUACGCAACGUUUUCAUUGAGAUACGUCGUCGCUACGAAAACGGUCAAAAUUCAGAUGAAUCUGAUGAAAAUGAAAAUAAUAAAGAAGAAGAAGAUUCUGAUGGUGAAUCAAACCGUUCUGUGAAAAUGAAGAUAAAACUUAAAGGUAAGGCCAAAAACACGCCAUCCAGGAAACGCAAGCGCAAAUAUAUUUCUGAUGAUGAAGACUACGAGGAGGAUUAAAUCUUAUUUAAUUUAAUUAUAAUUAAUUAUUAUUAUCUAUUGAUAAAUGAUAUGAAUGUAUUUUAAUGGUUGCAUUUUUAAUAAUCGACUGGAAGUAUCGGUUUCUUUCAAUGCUUUUUAAAAAUUAACAAUUAUAAUGAAUAAGGAUAGGUGUAAUUUCAUCAAUAUUAAUUAUUAUAUCUCGCAUAGCAUUUGAACCGAAACUU